AUGAGUUUCGGAGCCCCCGGAGGUGGUUCGGUGAACUACAAGCCCUCACCGCCUGAGCGUGGUAGCUUUCCUCUCGACCAUGAAGGUAUGCUGACAACAAAUCUCCUUCCACCCUUCGCAAUAUAUAUACCCAAGAGCGCCGCUAACCGAUUGGCCGAUUAUAUAGGAGAAUGCAAGCAUAUUAUCUCUGGCUACUUGAAAUGCAUCAAAUUAAACCGAGGUACCAACGACGAGGCAUGCCGCAAAUUGGCGAAGGAUUAUCUUGCCUGCCGAAUGGACAAAAACCUCAUGGCGCCUGAUGACUUUAAGAACCUUGGACUUAUAUUCAAGGACGAUCAAGAAAAAAAACAAGCUCCAACAGCAGCAAAUACGACUGACGCAUCACAAGGAACGGAGAAAAAUUAA